AAAAGCCAGAAAAAACAGCAACAAAAAACUUAAAACAUACCAAAAAUAAAAAACCCCAUACUUUUUUAGUAGCAACAACAACAAAAUUAGACUUUAGUUAGAAGUGAAAUCUACUUAAACUCUCUCUCUCUCCAUCUCUCUCUCAAACACCCUCUCUAAGGCCAUUAGAAAUUACAGGCCUUUGUGUGGAGAGAGUGAAAAGAGAAACAAGCGCAUCGCAUCAUUGCAGUUCUGCAUGCAUUCAAAGAAAUCGAAAGGCAAAAAGGAAAUUUCUGAUAACAAAACGCAUUUUUUUUUUUAGUUUUGAGUAACUCAUUAAUAAAAAAAAAUUGCCAAAAAUUUGUUUUGCUUGACGUUUGGGUCGGUGCUGAGCCAGUCUAGUCCCUAACUGACAGAGAACGGGACAACGACUAAGGGGACAUCGACAACGGCGCUGGCGUUGGACAUUAACGUGAAAUUAACGUCAAACUGAAAUUAAUCGAGAGCGCAAACAAAUUUGAGUUACGUGACGUGUGUUAUCACUGCAAUCAGUUGGUGAAUGUGUGCACGGUAGACAAGGUGUUCGAUCGACGACGCACGAUAUUCGUCCAAAGGAAGCAUAGCAAAGAAACAACCAAACGAAACAAAUAAAAUCUAAGUGAAAAAAUCAAAUUCAGUGAGAAGUGAACAACGAAGAAACAAAAAUAAGAAAAAGCCCCGUGCGAAAAGCACAUUUUUUCUCGGUGAAUAUAUUCAGCGGUGUGUGUUAAUUUUCCGGGCCUAAUUAUAAUUCUGGUAUUUAAACCUUAACGUGUGACGUGGCGUGUCGUUUUUUUACGUUUUACGCGCGCGGAUUCCAAUUGUUGGGCAUAGGCAAUUGGAAUUUUCCGCUACGGCAGCAGUGAAACGCAUUUCUAAUGCGUUUCAUGAACAACAGACAAUUGCAAUUUAAAUUCAAGGAUUCCCAGGAUUUUCAUCAGAGCUGUAAAUUAAAGAAAACCAGUUAACAGAGGUCCUUCAAAGGAAAAAGACACCCUUCGGGGCUGUCUAUAAACAUCUUUAUUUAAAAAAAGUAAAAAAUGGAACAAUUUGAACAAUUGUUAACGUGUUGCGUCUGCCUGGAUCGCUAUCGCAUCCCGAAAUUGCUGCCAUGUCAACACUCCUUUUGUAUGGAACCCUGUAUGGAGGGUCUGGUGGACUAUGUGCGACGACAGGUAAAAUGUCCAGAAUGUCGUGCAGAACAUCGCAUACCAUACAAUGGAGUCCAGGCAUUUCCCACCAAUGUGACACUGCAGCGUUUCCUUGAGCUGCACAUUGAGAUUACGGGCGAAUUACCAGAUCCCACAUCUGGACAAAUUAUGGAAAGAUGUGGUGUCUGCUCUGAGAAAUCCUAUUUAAAUCCAUGUGCCCAUUGUGAAAAGAAGAUCUGUGAUGACUGCAAAAGUGCCCACAUGGACAUUUUGAGACGUGAAAUUACUCGCUUCAAUUCACAGAUUCGCCGCAGUUUGCAUCGUCUGCAGGACUCUUUGGCCCUCAUCGAGAAGAACAUGGUUUGCCUUCAGACCAAUUGUGCCAGCACCACCGAAGAGAUCGAUGAAAUCUAUCUGCGCAUCACCAAGGCCAUCAAGGAUCGUGCCGAUCAGCUGAAACAAGAAAUCGAUCGUUACCUAACCAUUGAACUGCGUAAUCUGAAGACGCUCAAGGAGAAUCUCGAUGGCGAGAUCAGCAAUAUCAACAGCAAUUGCGACAUUGUCGAUAAGUAUAUGAAUGAGACGGUGGAAUGGGACGAUUGCGAAUUGAUGGACACCAAGGAGAUCUUCUUGAAAACUGUCGAAUUCUUGCGCCAUUUCGAAUAUGAAAAUUCCGACUAUAGUCGCCGUGUACGCUUCAUGGUGUCGAUUGAUCCCAAUCAAUUGGUAUUGAAUCUGGCCACCUUUGGUGAUUUGAACAUUGCCCCGCAUUCGAAUGCUGGCGGUAUGUCUGGCAGCUCUCAUUUGGCCCCGCCUUCCUCAUUGCAGCCGGGUCUUAUGCGCUCGAAGAGUGACCAUCGCCUGGCCACGCAAUUCCGCCAACAGGAGGAACGCAUUGGCUACAAUGAUGAGCCCGUGCUGGGUGGCCGUAAGUUCGGCGAACGUCCUGUGCGCGUCAACAACGAGCGCGAUCGCUAUGGCGAUAGUGGCUCCAGCCGCUAUGGUCGCAGCGGAGCAGGUGGCGACUACGAUUAUGGUGAGAAUGACUAUGAUGAUAGCUCGAGUCGUACCGGAAAGUCACGUUUCCGUUCACGAUUUGUGCGUUCGCAUCAAAACGAUGAUUCCGACAACGAAGAAAAGCAACAACAACGCCUGGAGGAGAAAAAACUCAAGGACAAGGUGCGUGAUGGUGAGGAUGCCUCCCGCGGCCAGCUGAGCGGCAUCAUACGUUUGAGUGAUUGUGCCCGCGUAAUUCAGAGAUUGGCUGACAUCGGCAAGGAGAAGAAGGAGAAGAAAGUCGAUGCCUCGGCCCAGGCCGCCAUACAGGCAGCCAUACAGGCCCAAAAGGCUUCGAUGCAACGGCCCAAGCAGAACCCACCGGCCACUCAAAGGCAGGUGAGCGAAGAUGAUGAGAUCAAUCACAUAAAGCGCCAGAACAAGAAUGCCCCCAGCUCGUCGACAGCAGCGUCUGCUGCCGCAACAGCGACUGCCACGGAAACGGAAAGGCCAACAGUCGAUCGUGUGAGUGCUUUAAAACGUAACAGCGUUGUUGCCUCUUCGGGCAACAGCGAUGAUAGUGAUCAUGCGCCUAAUUCAUCAUCGCCCGUAAAUAGGACUCCGCCAAGGUCAGAGGCUGUCAGCGAUUCCGAUGAAGAAUCUGAUGGAUCUCCUACUCCUCCCAUUCAACAGUCAAAACCAGCAGCUCCGGUGCCAGCGCAAGUGGCAGCUGUAAAGAAGACAACACGCUCGGGCAGCAGCGAUUCUACGGCCUCCACGGAGAGCUCAGCAAGUUCGGCAGCUGCCGGCAGAGCACCUUCGGCGGCUCGUUUCUCUGUCUCCCGAGAGAGUCCAGCUCGCACCAGUAGGCCAACAGCAGGUACCUCCGCAACAACGACCGCUUCAACAGCGGCAACCACCGGCACCACCACCACCGAAAAGAAGCCUUUUGUAAGCCGCUUCUUGCCGCAGCACACCACUGCACCUGCAGAAAAGAGCAAAGUCGAAUCAGACUCCAGCAGUGAAGAGGAAACCUCCACCGAAGAGUCUGAAGAUGAAGAAGUCGAUGUGAAGAAGCCCAGCGCCAGCAGUGCCAGCAAACCAACAUCCAGUGCCGCCACCUCUGGCUAUUCGGCUGGCAGUUCUACCACCUCCUCGUAUCGCGACCGUCUCGACUCGAGACGCAGUUCUCGUGAUGAUACAGCCUCAAAGAACUCCUCAGCCUAUGCGACUCCCUCCAGCAGCAGCACUGCCACCAGCAGUGGCUAUGGUGGUUCUACCUCAGCAGCGGCCCGUGCACGCGACACCGACACCGAUCGCUACGGCAGUGGCGCCUCAGGCAGCAGCUACACAAGCCGCUUCCUAAACAAAAGCAAGAGCAGCGCCAUAGUAUCGCAACCAUCCCUAUCCACGCCCAAUGCCUCAUUCGAUGAGGAUGCCAACGGCACCGGCGAUGAUUCGGAUUCACGCUAUGGCACCGGACGUUCACGCUACCUAGCCAUGAAGGAGCGUCGCAAUCGUUUGGCACGCAGUCGCUCCUCCCAUCAGUUUGGCAACGAUGAUGACGAUGUGGACGAGCCCGUGUCGCCAACAACGGCAUCACCAUCCGCUUAUUUAGCUUCAAGAUAUAGCGGCUAUGGAGGCACCGAUCUAUCACGCAGUCGUUCAUCGCAUGCCCUCAAAUCUCGGGACAGUUCACCAGUCAAUGAACGUACCUCGUCGCGCAGUGGUGCGGGCGCCUCAACAUCUAACGCCGACAAUAAGGAUGGUGAGGCCUUGAGCUCCUGGGCUCGUUAUUUGAAGAACAAGUACGGCAGUAAGAGCUCAAAGGACACACCUUCGAGCAGUGGCCGUGAUAAUCUUGGCAGCAGUAGCACUUCUACGGCCCUACCAUCGUCAUCGCAUGGUGCUAGCGGCAGUAGUCGUAGCCACGCUGCCAGCGAUGUAUCGCGUCGCCUUAGCCUGGGUCUGCCCUUGAGGCAGGUCAGUGAACUUGGCUCGUCCGAUGAUGACGCGUCAAAAAACGGGCUAGGCUCCCCUACCUCCCCUAUGGUAGCAGCAGCAGCUCACGGUAUGGCCGGAGUGGCAGGUACUUCCCCUAAGCAAUUGUACCUGCGCAAGCGUCAACAGCUGUUCCAAUUGGGGGGCCGGGGGAGCGAACCCGGUUCUUUUACCUGGCCGCGCGGCCUAGCCGUCGGCCCGGAUAAUAGCAUUGUCGUAGCCGACUCCUCGAAUCACCGCGUCCAGGUGUUCGACUCGAAUGGCAUCUUCGUUAAACAGUUCGGUGAAUAUGGCAAUGGUGAAGGCGAAUUCGAUUGUUUGGCCGGUGUGGCGGUCAAUCGUAUCGGACAAUAUAUCAUAGCAGAUCGUUACAAUCAUCGUAUACAAGUGCUAGAUCCGCAAGGACGUUUCCUAAGGGCAUUUGGCUCACAAGGCACCGCAGAUGGCAAAUUCAAUUAUCCAUGGGGUGUGACCACAGAUGCCUUGGGCUUCAUCUACGUCUGUGACAAAGAAAACCACAGAGUCCAGGUUUUCCAAUCCGACGGUUCAUUCGUUGGUAAAUUUGGCACAUGCGGACGCGGCGAAGGACAACUUGAGCAUCCCCACUACAUUGCAGUCUCCAAUACGAAUCGUGUCAUUGUAUCCGACUCGAAUAACCACAGAAUUCAGAUUUUCGAUGUCAAUGGCAAAGUCUUGUCCACCUUUGGUGGUGAAGGUUCAGAUGAUGGGCAAUUUAAAUUUCCCAGAGGUGUUGCUGUGGAUGAUCAAGGCUAUAUCUUUGUCGCCGAUUCUGGUAAUAAUCGCAUACAAAUCUUCAAUCCUGAUGGCAGUUUCCUAAAGACUUUCGGUUCCUGGGGUUCUGGUGAUUCGGAAUUCAAAGGACUCGAGGGUGUGGCCAUUAUGUCCAAUGGCAAUAUUUUGGUGUGCGAUCGUGAAAAUCAUCGUGUCCAAGUGUUUUAGUCUCUCGCAAAAAAAAGGCAUUCGAAAAUAAUCGCGAGUGCUGAGUGAAAUCUUUUUGUUAUAUUAUGGCAUAUUUAAUCAUACGUCGUCUUUGCUUGUUACUUUCAUAUUAAGCUGAAGCUGAAAAAGAAGAAGAAGAAGAAAAACGUCCCUUUUAUACAUUUACUUAAGGAAAGCCCAAAUACAAAAAAUGAGUCCAUCUUCAAAUAUUCGUGUAACCACCUACGCCCACACACACACACACACACAAACUUUUGUUAGUUUCCAAAAAAACAAGUUUCCCGAAACAUCUCUCAAUUGACAGGAAGAUUGUUAACAAAAAAUUAUGCAAUAUUUCUAGUGUUCCUCCCUCGCCUCAAAAUUAUCCAUCCAUCCUUAAUCGAAUUGAUUUUUAAUUAUUUUUAACGCAAUAUUUAUUUUUGAAUAAAUUAAUGAAAUAAAUUUUAAAAAAAUGCAAGCUAAACUUGCACCAAAAUUAAA